UCCAUAAUAUGUCGGUUAACCACUUGAACGUCAAAUCUGACAUUCUAAUUUGAAAACUUGAUCGUUGCUGUUGCGCGCUCCGUUUUCUUAUUGGAUUUCUUUCUCUUUGCAUUCGCGAUCCUUGAUAGUAAAACGUUGAGUCGAGCUAAUGCUCCUCCGUUCUAACUUCAGGUCUUGUGUGUGUUGAGAAAGUGACUGAGAUAGUGACUCUGUUAUAUACCUACGUGUCGUGUUGAGAUAGUGACUCUGAGAAAGUGAACUUUUACUUUUGUUUAUGUGCUUGUGUGACCACAACCAUGCCUCAGAAGAUCUGCUGUGUUUCUUCAUGCAAAUCAUCACUUCAAAAUGGUGCCAUUCUUCAUAGCUUUCCGAAUCCAUUGAAAGAGUUGGAAAAGUUUCGCACAUGGGUGAAAAAUGCUGGUAUUGAUGGAGAGGAUGACAAACAUAUAUUUGCCAACAGAAGAAUUUGCCAUCUUCAUUUUAAUAAAAUAUAUCAUUACCCGAAAAACAGAUUGAGCAAACUGGCAAUUCCAACACUGCAUCUUCCAGAUGUCCCAUCCAGUUACACAGCAGAGCCUAUGGACGUGUGUGAGCAGCAGCCACCCACAUAUAAAGAGAUCUAUUGUGGUCCUAAUACUAGUGCACCACAACCAACUUCUAAAAGGCCUCAGCCCAUGACAAUGGAUGACCAGCAGCCAAGCACGAGCACUAUGACUUACACUGGUGUUACUAGAAGUGCACCACAACCAACUUCUAAAAGGCCUCAGCCCAUGACAAUGGAUGACCAGCAGCCAAGCACAAGCACUAUGAUUUACACUGGUGUUACUAGAAGUGCACCACAACCAACUUCUAAAAGGCCUCCGCCCAUGACAAUGGAUGACCAGCAAGCAGCAAGCAAGCAGCCAAGCACAAGGACUCACAGUGGUGUUAUUAGAAGCCAUAUGUUCAAGAACCAAUUUGAACAAGAUCUAUAUAAAGCAGUCGCCAAAACACAAGCGGAACUCAGACGAUGCAAAAAAGCAAAAGCGGGAUUAAUACAGAAGUUACAAAUAGCCAAGAAAUUGACCCGUUCCAAAGCUUAUCAAUAUGUUACAAAAGACUUGUCACCAGCAGCAAAAACAUUUUUUGAUAUGCAAAUAAGACAAUCUACAAAACACCCCAAAGGACAUCGUUUCACAUUAGAUGAAAAGAUAUUGGCAUUAUCAUUAUAUAAACCUAGUCCAAAGGCAUAUCGCUUGCUGAGCCAAAUAUGUGUUCUGCCGAAAAAAACUACCUUGAACAAAUUAAUGACGAAAACAUAUUUAAUGCCUGGGAUAAAUGAUAUUAUCUUUAAUAAUUUAAAGAAAAGGGUAGAAAAAAUGCCUAGUAAGCAUAGAUAUUGCUCUAUAAUAUUUGACGAAAUGGCCAUUGCUGCCCAUGUUGCAUUUGAUAAACAUACCGAUAAAAUAAAAGGUUUUGAGGACGACGGAUUCGAACGCGAAAGAAAAUUUGCUGAUCACGUGUUGGUAUUUAUGGUCAGAGGAGUAUUCAAAAAAUUUAAGCAGCCUGUCGCUUAUAGCUUUUGUACUGGAUCCACAAAAACGGAGAAGCUCAAAAGGCAAUUAAAAACAGUAAUUGAAAACGUUUUAGCAACCGGACUCAAAGUCAUUUCGACAACGUGCGACCAGGGAUCCACUAAUAUGGCUGCCAUAAAUUCACUAAUAAAUGACACCAAAGGUCAUUAUAUAAGGCAGAAUCAAGAAUUUAAAGGGGGGUUUUUUGAAAUCAACGAACACAAAAUUUACCCACUAUACGACCCCCCUCAUCUUUUAAAAGGAAUAAGAAACAAUCUGAUUACAAAAAAUUUGGAAUUUACUCUGAAUGGGAAAAAGCGCACGGCAAAAUGGGCCCAUUUAGAAGCUCUAUACAAAAAGGGCCCAAGCUAUAAAGGCAUGCGCUUAAUUCCUAAACUUACCGCGCGCCAUGUAAUUCCUAAUUUAAUACCUAAAAUGAAGGUUAAAUACUGCACGGAACUUUUUAGUAAAACUGUCAGCGUUGCCAUGGGAUUUACAGCAGGAACUGGCAGAAUCCCAAAAGAAGCUCAAGAUACUGCAGAAAUUUUAUUAUUUUUCGACAAUUUGUUCGAUUCCGUAAACGGUAGUUACAACAGAAUUGAAAAGGGUAAAGUUUACCGAUCUGCGGUCUCGCCAAAGUCACCACAUCAUAAGUUGUGGUAUAAAAGUCUACCAAUAUUAAAAUCCAUGCAAUUUGUUGGUGGAGCACGCUCAGGGGUGGUUCCAUCUUUAAGAAGUUGGAUUAAAACUAUAGAAGCAUUCCAGCAAAUAACAAAAAAAUUACAUUCCAUUGGGCUCAAAUCUUUACUGCUGCGCAAUUUCAAUCAAGACCCUUUAGAAAAUUUUUUUGGUGCAAUAAGGGCUCAUGGGCAUCGAAAUAUAAUGCCUACAGUGCCGGCAUUUGAGGCUUCUUAUAAAGCGCUUUUAAUAAAUAAUAUGGUGUCGCCUAAAUCAAUUGGGGCUAAUUGCGAAAGUGAUGAUGGCUAUUGUUUACAAAAUCUCAAAUACCUUUUUUAUGAAAACAUUGUUAGGCCCUUACCUAAAAAUAUAAUAAUAAAUUUUGAUCACAUAAACAUGGAUCUAACCAACAUUGAUAAUUUAAUAAAAAGCCAAAAUCCGUUAAACAUCGAAAAAUGCGCAGCAGCUGCUUAUUGUAGUGGUUGGGUUAUUAAAACAAUUUAUAAAAAUAUUGGUUAUUGUGAAAUGUGUAAAAGUGAUUUAGAAGGGGAUGGUGAAGAAAUCUAUUCAAAAUUUAUAACUAUGAAAAAAUAUUCAGAAAAAUGCAAUCUUCACUAUCCCAAUAAACAUUUGCUGGAAUGCCUAUUGCAUAUAGAAGAAAUCACAUUGUUAAUUUUAUCAACACAGUGUGAAUCGGAUCAAAUAUCCGAAUAUAUAAAAUUGGUAACCACUUCUCUUGUAACAUUAAAUUUUGUGACAUGCGAAAGUCAUAAAGAAAAAGUUAAAGAACUUAUAAUAUGUAAAGGAAUUUCCUUGAUGAUAAAUGACUGGUGUAAAGAAAUAAAUAAUAUAUUAAAUGGUAAAAAUAUAGUUUUUGAUGAAAAUUGUCCUAUGAAAAUGUUAGCGCACAGAUAUUUUGUAUCACAUAAAAGUAAAAAUAAAAGUUUUAAAUGAUUUACAUAUUUGUUUUUUAUUUCUUUUACCUUGUUUAGCAAUUGGUUAUGUGC